AGUCCAUCCUUCUGGCUCUCAGUUCCCUAGCAGAAGAGACUUGUGGCCAUCCCAGGGGGAGACAUCUAAACACUUGACACUUUCAGGUACCACGUGGACACAGGAGAUAGUGGACAUGAUUCAGCACAAUGGGGAUGUUGAGAAAUGCAGACGUGAGACAACUUACAAACGCCAUCCUUUCCUUGAGUGGUACAUCGCGGAGCCUCCGUCUGCACGUUACUCAGGUGUGGAGUUAGCUGAUGCUAUGCCAUCUCCACGAACCAUAAAGACUCAUCUGCCUGUGCAGCUGCUGCCUCCCUCCUUCUGGGAACAAAACUGUAAGAUAAUCUACGUGGCAAGAAAUGCAAAGGACAACCUGGUGUCAUACUACCAUUUCCACAGAAUGAAUAAAGGAUUGCCUGAACCAGGAACUUGGGAGGAAUUCAUGGAGAAAUUCGUGACUGGAAAAGUGCUCUGGGGUUCCUGGUAUGACCAUGUAAAAGGAUGGUGGAAGGCAAAAGACAAGCACCGUAUUCUCUACCUCUUCUAUGAAGACAUGAAGGAGAACCCAAAGAAAGAAAUUCAGAAGAUUGCAAAGUUCCUGGAGAAGGAUCUGAGCGAGGAGGUUCUAAACAAGAUAGUCCAUAACACUUCAUUUGAGAUAAUGAAGCAAAAUCCCAUGGCAAACUACACGAAGGACUUUGCUGGCAUAAUGGAUCAUUCCAUUUCCCCAUUCAUGAGAAAAGGGACUGUUGGGGACUGGAAGAAUCAUUUCACUGUGGCCCAGAACGAGCAAUUUAAUGAAGAUUACAAGAAGAAAAUGUCUGACACCUCUCUUGUUUUUCGCAUGGAAUUGUGA